GGGUGCUAGAACUGACUUAAGAAGGAGGCUACUCCCGUAGCACAUGAGCGUAGACUCAGGCACGGUACCGCACAGAUAAAUUGUCAGCGAGGUCAUUAUAAUAUACGAAGACAGGAAUCGCUCUUCGGGCGCUGCAGUGCCCCUCUAGCUAGCUAGACCAAAGACAGCUGUUGUCGAAUCCAAGAUUUGACCAGGCAGCCCUGAGCUUCUGUGAUGUCUCCUAGCUCGCUAGAACAAAAUGAGGUCGAUGAUCUAUACGAACGAAGAGUCUUCAUGAGGCAGAGUCGACUAUGGAGUGACGAAUUGAAUGUUACACGGCGAUUACUGGCCAGAGCGAAACAGCUCUUAAAUGCGGACGACACGUUGCUGAGACACCAGUGUAAUUGUGAAUUACGCUCUAUGAGGGAGCAAUUGAUUUCAUGGCGAACCGCAGCAGAGAUUGCCCGAAAGGACCAUGAAGCAACACUUCGUGUGGUAGAUUUGCGCACUAAAGAACGGGACGCGGCAAGACACGAAGCAGCUUCUAAUGCUGAAGCUCAUGUCACUGCUAGAAUGGAACUUAAUGUUUCAAAAUGUUCUGCUGCAGAGACUGAAAGGGCCAUAAUCCUGAAUAAGUCAAACAAGUUUGCUGCUUUACUCGCAGAGAUCGGUACUCAGAAACACGAUGCAGAUCAACUCCGACGACAAAUAUCUGACAUCAGGCAGGAACUACUUUCGCUGCGCCAGCAGCUUACAAUUCUGUCUAAAGAACGUGAUGAGGCUGCUCAUGAAACCUUGUCUGCGAGAAGAGAAGCAGAGAGAAUGGGACAACUUUUGACGGUGAAGGCCACGUCAGAGAAAACGCACGAAUCUUUUGGCAAAACGAGCAAAUUUUUCGCUGCUGAAAAGGAGCGAACCGCUGCUCUGAAGAAGCAAGCACACUACCAAACUCAAUUGAUUAACGAACGGCACGCGAGAAAGCGCCUAGAGAACGCACUCGUGAAGGCAGAGAGACGAUUGCACAUAGAGAAGCGCGCAGCACACAAGACCAUAAAGGUGCGAGAAAGAACUGCAGAAGAAAAGAGCCACCUCGCAUCACACUCUGCCUCCAUUGUUUCCCUGGCAGCAGAUACGCCUAUUAUUACGCGUAAAUUAGCGUGUGCGAAAAGUGCCAAGAUUCGUACAGACCACAUUUUCAAGGCCCUGCGCCUGCGAUGUCUAUUUCUGGAGCACCAGCUUCAAAUCGCUGCUUCUGUGAGAACUUGCUGGCAACGUGAGCGAACUCUACUGCUUGCAUCAAUACGUGAUGCUCAUAUGGCAAUACAGUACCUUCUCGCAGGAUCUCGUAUGACAGCAAAACAGAAACCACUGGAUCUGAGAGGUCGGGCUGAGAAACAGCUUGAACACAUUUACUACCUUUUGAGAUGUGCAGAUGCCAAGGUUUUGCCCAGCAGGGACUUUACCAAUCGCAUUAUAGCUGCAAGAAGAGCACCAGCUUCUCAAAAACUUCAUGAUGCCGUACACUGGGAUCUUGCGCCAGCUGACCCCACUGAUAUAGAAGGUGUUGGACUGGUUGAGCGGCUUGGUUUUCGUGGGUUAGCUUCUCACAUAGCAGAUAUUGCGCUGAGUACUAAAAUAAAAAUGGGCAACGAAAAUGCUGAAAUUUCUCCAGCAAAUUUGGGGCGGCGGAUGAGGACAGCCGUGGCCGAGGAGAUUAUUGCUAAUAAACUUGCUGAGGUAGCCACAACCGUGCGUUGUGUUGAUUCUGCCAGAAAGUGUGUUGAGCCUUCAGUGUCAUUUGACGCUGUAGCAGUUACCCAAACCAAGGAGAUGGCGCACCUUUUCGCCGCCAGAGAUGAGACUGAAGUUUCUGCCAAGUGGAGAGCAGCAUUACAAUACAUUUGCUCGAUUUGUUCUCAUACGACAAAGCUCAGGGGAACCCAUCUUGUACACCUCGAACUGUCAUCACUGUAUCUGGAUGAUAAUUCUUUUCUCCAAAUUUUGCAUUUACUUUUGGCGACAAACAAAAAGCAAAAGAGUCGCAUACGCGCCAGGGGUGAUCUAGCUGCCUCUUCGAUCGCCAUGCAUCUCAUUCCUUUCUCUCCUGUUUUGGCGAAUGUGGAUUUACAGCACAACAGAAUUUCAAGAGUAGGCAUGCUCGCAUUGGUCCGUGGUGUUAAUGGCAAUCCGACCGUUCUUUCGGAACUCUGCCACUGGCACACCAUGAUCGGCUUGGCUGUGCUGGGUGCUACUAGUGCAGAAGGAGAGGGUACUUCAAGGGUAUCUGUGCACAAGCCUGGACUGCACACCAACUUGAAGCUUGACGGCAGCUUGUGGCGCACACAGGGGAAGCACGGCCGCGUAGCGGCCGUACCACGUACCUUGGUGAAGGGUCUGUUUUCGGAGCCCCGGAGGGGCGACGACUCCUGCGGACGCGCCUCCCAGGCGCGUCCGCAGGAGCUUUUUUCGACCGCGGCCUUCUGCUACGACAUGCUCGACUGCGACGGCGUCAAGAUCCUCUAUGUUAGCACUGAGGUGAACCCAGCGAAUGGCCUGACCGCGGCGGAUGCGCCCGGUCGAUUCGCCCGGGCCAUGGACGCCGUCACGGGUCGAGAGCCGCAGGGCAAGUAG